AUGGCUAAUCCAAACUUACAAUUUUCGAGGAAAUACCUGACCAUCCAAAAUGAUACCAAAGGAUUGAGCACAAGCACCGACAGCAACGAGAUUUCUUUGAAGCAAAGUGGAGGAGCUAAACUUAAAGAAAGUGUUUCGUUUACAGGCUUUGGAUCUCAUUUUGUUGGCUUGACCCUAAUUCCGGAAAGAAUAAAAAGGGUUUCUGGCGGUGAUUGUGAUUACAAUAUACUUCGCAAUCCGCUAGUCGUGCGGAGUGGUGAGAUUCCAGAUCAGGAUCAGGGAGAAUGCGUUCCCAGUUGUCCAUAUCGAAAUUAUCAGGGUCAGAACAAUUACCAACAGCCCGCCAAUCAGAACUAUCAGCGUUCUGUACCCGCACAGAAUCAGAAUGGAUAUUAUGACAAUAGUCAGCCCCACCAAGAUUAUGCAUCACCAGGUAACCAAUGUUAUGUGCCACCGGGUAGAACGCAAUCUCAGUCAAAGGAUCGGAGUGGGAGUGACUGCGGUUGCGAUCCACCUACGUGCAGAAGAGCUUAUAGGACACCCUCUUCUCACUAUAUGGAGUACAGGGAGUUUCAGCAAAGUCCCAGAAAAAAUCCUGCCUUAGACAGAACCCAAUAUGAUGAUUAUCCCCAAGAAACUCAGAGGUCCAAUCGGUUGCAGAGAAAGGUUUCCGAAUGCGGAUGUGAGCGUGGAUCACCGCAAAGACGUCAAGUUCAGAGAACUAGUCGUUUACAAAAGAAGGUUUCCGAAUGUAGCUGUGAAUCUGAAUCUUCGGAAGGGAAGCAGCCAGUUCAGAGGAAUAAUCGCUUGCAGAGAAGGUCUUCCGAAUGCAGCUGUGCGGCAGGAUCGUCGCCAAAAAGGCAGUCGGUUCAGAGAAGAAGCCCGCCAGAUAAGAGCUAUUAUAUGAGGAAACCCACUCAGGCGGCUCAAACUUGUUCGGUACGUUGCCAUGCUCGUUCCCACGUCGUUCAGGAAACUACUCCUCCUCCACCCGCCCCAAAACGAAGAUGUCCAGCUGCCACGCCCCCACCCACAAGUAAGAAACCGACGCCCAGAACUAAGUCAGCGAUUUCCUCAAAAAGAGGCAAUCGAAGAAAGUGUAGUGCCUGCAAUCGCUGUUCCGAUGACGAAAGCGGUGAACCCUCCGAUUAUGUCGAGGGCAGUCGUUCCCGGACUGAGGUUCUUAGGAAUCCUUUGGUUCAAUCACGAUCCAGCUACGAUAGCUAUAGCGAAGAGUAUCCAGUCCAGCGCAGAACACGAUGCUCAAGCUGCAGAAAAACCAACCCGGAAAAUCGGAGUAGCGUCCGCAAAGGUCCACCCCUCUGUUCCAACGAAACUCUGAUGGAAAAACCAGUGCAGAGCUAUCGCUUCAAUUGCCCAGAGAAUGGGAAAUGUGCCUCGUGUCGAAAACUUUGCCCGAAAUGUAACAAGGUGAUGCCCCAAAAGCAGAAAAAUGCCUCUGCCAAGAGAUAUGUCUCAUCGGUGGCACGGAAAUGCUGCCCCAUGUGCGGAUUACUACCCAUGAUGCCGAAUAUUUCCAUUCCGGACGUUGCCAGUAGCAAUCGGAUUUUAUACAAGACACUGGGACGAUGUCGACCUAGGAAAGUGCCCAAGGCUAGAUACGAGUUGACCAUUUGCUGUAAGAAGCGUUGCCAGGGAGGCCGGAACUCUCACUACAUGACGAGCACUAUUGCAACGAGUCUGAAACGAAGAGCUAAGGCGGCGAUGAUCGGAGGAAACCCGGUGGCGCCAUCACGGAUGUCGAGCCACAGACAGGGUUUACAUCAAUAUUUUUCCCCAGCUCAAAAUGAGCGCAGUCAUUCACAGCCAACGGGACAAACAAGAAGCCAGAGUAGAUCAGGCCCAUCCCAUUCUGACCAAGAACGGUCUAGUCCAUCAACUUCUGGCCAGCAGCGGGAAAGACCAGCAGCUACACCACAAUUUAAAAUGCGUUCACCUUCUGCCAACUUGGUGCAAAAGACUGAAAAAAGACAGAUCGAAAGGGAAGUGAAUCCUAGGACUAGAGCAGUAUCUCCCAUUAUAGAGAUCCACAGUUCCUCAGGACACCGUGAGACUUAUAGAGGCACCUCGCACUCGUAUUCUCAUAGAUCUGAACCAGAACCAUCAACUUCCCAUCGAACUCAACAUGAACCAGCUCCAUCGAAUAGAUCUAGACCUGAUCCCCCAGAAAUACCACCUGCUUACCUAGCUCCCGCCUCAAUGGAACCGGAGGUAUCGUCGGAGCCCAUUCGUCGGGGAGCUUCCUACUUGGGCACCGAGGUGAAUCCCUUUUACAGAGGUAGUUUCCUUAGAGUGCGUUGCUCGAGGGACUCUUCCGAGAAUCGCCUGAGUCCCAUUCACCAACGAGGGGAAAAGAUCGUGGAUAUGCCUAAACCGCGAAAAGUUGCCGGAAUGGGUUUACCCCUAAAGUAUACUAGAUUAAGUCAACUGCAAGCCUGGGUCUUCGGUGAUCCCUUCGUCAAGGGUAACGACCAUUUGGGAACCUGGAGUUGGCGCCAGAUUUUUGGACGCAACAAGAAGCGUUCAGCUGCCAAGAGUAAUCCCGCCAAGACAAUAGAAGCCAACACAUAGGCCACGAGUCA